AUGACUUGGCUUCAAUGGUGUCUGGCGCUCAGUCUCAUCUCAUCAAACUGGGCCAACGAAUGUCCCAAAGGUAAAUUCUGUAAAUUAUGUGAAAUUUCAGGACCAGGGGAGUACAUAAUAAGUUGUAUAAAUAAAUAUCCAAUUUUCAUGAUUGAGUACAAACCGGAAACUUUCUUGGAUGUUUAUUGUUUGGGUAACAACUUUACUAACUUUGACCUAGGUUCAGUUAAACAAGUAAAGCCGGUUCAAUCUCUUUACUUUGAAAAUUGUGUUUUCUCUGACCAAGUCAAUCUUGAAAAGAUUGUAAAAAAUAUAUUCAACGAUACUGUGGAAGAAUUGAGCUUCGCGAAAUGUAAGAAUUUAGACACAGUAUUGACUCAAGAAAGCUUAAAACAUUUCAAGAAGCUCAGAAUUCUUGAUCUGCAAAGAAACAAUCUAUCAAGUUUAACUAGUGAACCUUUUAAGGAACUUUCAAAUCUUACAAAAUUGAAUUUUGCUAUGAAUAAUUUGACGGAAUUACCACCGAAAUUUUUGAACAUUCCGAGUCUUAGAAAAAUUGAACUUGGUUGGAAUAAAUUGGAAGUAAUUAAACGAUCAAACUUUAAAAAUCUCGGACGACUCGUUUUUUUAAAUUUAUGGAAGAACAAUAUUGCCGAAAUUGAAGCAAAUGCUUUCGACAAUACUCUUGACCUCAAAUCAAUUUACUUAUAUGCCAAUAAAUUGAGAAGUAUACCACAGGGUAUUUUUUCACAAUUAUCGAAACUCGAAACGAUUAAUUUGGGGUUAAAUAAUUUCACUAAUGAGUCAUUCCCAGAAGAUUUGUUCCGUUACAACAACAUGCUGGAAACAUUAAUAAUGGAUAGUAAUUAUCGUAAUAUUACAACUCUUCCAAGUGGAUUCUUGAGUAAUUUAACUAGCUUAAGAGAAAUAUAUAUGGAAAAUAAUGGAUUCCAUCAAAUGCCAGAAAAUUUUCUUUGGGGAACAACGAACCUUACAACUUUAGAAUUGCAAAAUAAUUAUAUUUCAACAAUACCACGAUACUUCUUCAGAGAUUUAAAAAAUUUGAAGUUUUUAGACAUGAGCGGAAAUACAAUUGAUCAUCUACCUAAUGACGUUUUUGAAUCGUUAAGGCAACUUACGAAUUUGAAUUUAGCAAAAAAUCGAAUUAAAUAUCUAAGCUCAAAUCACCUAACUGGAUUGUCAUCACUUGAAACCUUAAAUAUGGAAAGAAAUAAUAUGGUUCAAAUUGAUGGGAAUGCAUUCAAGGACUUGGAAAAAUUGAAAGUUGCGUAUUUCUCUUACAAUCAACUCAAUUUGACAAACAAAGGCUUGAGUGAUGAAUAUGGUUAUCGAUCACCAUUCUAUAACUGUAUAUCUACGAUAGAAAAGAUAUAUGUCGAUCAUAAUAACAUUGUAGAUAUGUUUCAAGACUGGACUGAAAUGAGCCAUUUGAAGAUAUUAAAUGUGUCUCAUAACAAAAUAUUUUAUUUACAUGCAAGAGAUUUGACAUUAUUGUCGAGAAAAGCUGUAGUAGAUUUGACAUAUAAUAUGAUUGAGUCUAUUAAUAUAUAUAGAAACGUCUACGAAAAAUUGAUUGAAAAUUACCCUCAUGAUGUAGUUAUAGACAUCGGAAAUAAUCCACUCAAAUGUGACUGUGAAAUAUAUGAUCUUCUGCAAUACUUUGAAGGAGAACUUCCUUAUCUACACAACAGGUUUUACUUGAAAGCAGAAGAUUUAAAAUGUGACUCACCCCAAAAAAUAAAAGGUCUUGCAGUAAAAAAUUUGAAGUCUAAGAACUUCACUUGUGUCUAUCGUGAUUCAGAAAACAACGAUAGUAAGUCAUGUCCAAACCAGUGUGAGUGCACAACAAGACAGUCAGAUGAAGCUUUUUUAGUGAACUGUUCAUAUCGUGGAUUAAAGGAAGCUCCUCAAUCUUUCAACAAUCCAGGUCAUCAUGUGGAAAUGGAUUUAUCAGGAAAUUUUUUAAAGACAAUGCCGUCACUGAACCAAAAAGGGUAUGAAAAUAUUACAAUUUUACGGCUAAACAAUAACAAUAUCAGCAGUAUUGACGCUAAUAAUUUAUCAGAUACAUUAGAAGAAUUAUAUUUGGAUAACAAUAACAUGACUGAAUUAGACGGUAAGGUUUGGAAAAAAUUGGAGAAUUCAACAAAAAUCAAACACCUUACUUUGCACGAAAAUAAGUGGAGAUGUGAUUGUGAAACUCGAGAUUUAAUUGAUUUUAUUCAGCAUAAAAGAGUGAAGAUUCCAGAAUUAGAAAAGGUCCAUUGUCAUAAAGCCAAGAGACCUAUUUUUUCAACUCCAAUAGAUGAAUUUUGUCCAUCCGAUCUAUAUUGGUUAAUUGGAAUUUGUGUCGGCAUUGCUUUGUUUGGAAUCGUUAUUGGCGGAAUCUCAGCACUGUACUACCGCUAUCAACACGAAAUAAAAGUCUGGCUGUACGCCCAUCAGUGGUGUCUCUGGUUUGUCACCGAAUCCGAGCUUGACAAGGACAAAAUCUAUGACGCAUUUAUAAGCUUUUCUCACAAAGAUGAAGAGUUUAUAGUGAACGAAUUAGUUCCAAAACUUGAACAAGGACCAAAACCAUUCAAAAUCUGCGUGCAUUAUCGUGACUGGAUGGCCGGUGGAUGGAUUCCGGAACAGAUUGCACAAUCAGUUGAUGAAUCACGGCGAACAAUCGUUGUUCUCUCACCAAAUUUCUUGGAAAGUAUCUGGGGUAAAAUGGAAUUCCGUGCAGCCCAUAAUCAAGCUCUUAGUGACGGUCGAGCUAGAGUUAUUGUUAUUCUGUACGGCGACAUUCAACCAUCUGAUAUCACUGAUCCUGAACUCAAAGCUUAUCUUACUAUGAACACCUACGUCCAGUGGGGUGAUCCGUGGUUCUGGGACAAACUUAGAUAUGCUCUUCCUCACUGUAUAAUAAAAAAAUCUAAAAAGAAUAAUAUAUUCGAAAACCACCAACCAACUAUAAAGAAAGUAGAUGAGAAAUAUACCGAGUCGAUAUCGUAG